CAAUCAAGUCAUUCUUCCCGUCAUCGUCCAAACCCAGUCAAUCCAGCGAGCGAGGCAGUCGUACAGUACAUGACUAUGGUGUGCGGUGUGUCUUUGCUCUAAAAGUACUUCUUCGGAAACGUAUUGCUUAAAUUACUCUCACAUUUGAAGAUUUAAGAUCCAUUGUCAACACUUGACAUGCUCCCGACACAUAUCCUUGAGAUCUGGGCCAUUCUGCUAGUCAUCCUAGCCACGAUCAUCGUGAUGAGCUUCCUGCUGGCAUGCCCAGCAGCUUCCGUCGUUAUCUACAGGAUUCGGACUAGCCCCAGCAGGCCCGUGAAUUCCUGAUGCUUAAAACGGAAACAGCCGAACACAGGCUUGUCACGUGCUCCUGCCUGGAUUGGAUGAGAGCCAAGUGGAAAGAGGUCCCCAACCUGACAGCGUUGGCCCGUUUCUGAAUGACUGCACAAAAAGAAAGUUUACUGACUUGUGAACAUGCAUGGUCAUAUUCUUAUAGAAUCUGUAUUUAAUUGUUUUGUUAUUAUUGUGACCAUGAGGCCAUUUAAUAUGUUAAUGGGACAGAAACUCAGCAAGUGCCAAUGUGUAUUUAAAUAGUGAUAUUAUGUGAGGUAACUUAAAAUGUCUUAAGAAGAUGACAUUUAGGCCUAUUGCAACUAGCUGAAAGACCAUAAAUACUGCUAACAGGAAACAGUCUAUUCAAACAGGAAAAGCAAAAAAUAAAUUAAAAAAAUAACCAGACUACUGUUUUGUGUAAGUACUUUGCAGUACUAAAACCAGACUAUUUCAAAUGUUCAAGUAAGUCUGGCAUUCUCAUACGAUGUUCUGGUCGUCAUGAAGUCGUGACAAGCUUCGCGUUUGGAUGUCAGCUAGCUGAUUGGAGGUGGGACAGCCGGCCGUCACCAGUAUCUGUCACUCGGCCGUUAUCAGUGUUUUCACAGCUGUUUCCAUUUUGAGUGCUCUGAUGUGUGAAGUCACAUUUAACUCAUGGUUAUUUUUUCAUUUUCAAGUCAUUCCACUCAUUUUUUGCAGUUAAGUAAACAUUAAAGCAGUUUAAUCAUGGUGCGCAAUUUUCACAGUGAAUGGACCCUUUUAUAGCGCACAUAGGCAUUGCAAAGAAAAGUCACAUAUAUGCUUAAUUUAAUCUCCAAAGUAUGUAGUUAAGCAGCAGCUACAUGAAACAAUGUGUGAUUACAAUUUGUAGUUCAACUUCUGAAAACAAGAUUUUUUUUAUACUUUGUGAAUAUGUAUUAAAUUCUGGUUGAAGCAGUUGUAUAUUUUAUACAUGAUGACAAGUUGACUAAAGUCAAGCAUUUUGUUAAAUUGAAACACUUCAGUAGUACAAGUGUCCAAAAUGAUGUAAGUGAAUGCUACAAGUAGUCAUCUGUUUAUUAAAAAAAUGUUUCUAUGUAUCUUUUAAGGAGUGUUUCACUGGCUCAGGUUGAAUCUGAUACUUUUAACCAAAAAUGCAUUCAGUGGCUUACAACGGACAUUUCUUCACCUUCUAAUCUCUCUCUUUCAUGGAUUUUAAUCUGACGUGUCUUUACUUCAUGGCCGAAAGGCCAAGUCUUUUUCUAAGAGCUGGGUUGCAUAGAAGACCUUUAAUGGCCAUUGGGAAAUCUCGCUUUUUAUUGUUAUUGGUUAUUUUCCGAAUGCCCAUGCCUACUGCAAUGUUUUAUUUAGGAGUGUUAUGAACAUUACCUCUUUGAAAAUGAUCAAUACAAAAUUUAGCUGUGCAUUUAAAAAUGUACCUACCUUGUGUGUGUGUGUGUGUGUGUGACAGUGCCUUGCAAAUUGCCCCUUUAAAACACUCUAAGAUUUUCAACAAAACUGUGUAUGGAGAAAAUGGAGGUAAAGUUAAAGGCAGGGAUCCCACAGAUGUCCUCUUUAGGCACAUUUCUGUUGGCCUGCCACGUAGUCUGCCCGCAAGUCAAUGAUUCAUUGAGUGUACAGGUAACAUAAUGACCAAUAAAUUGAGAUUAAACCGAA